GAGCAAGGGUAUCUUGCCUAUCUUUCUUCUUUAUCGACUUUUAUAUAAGAAUUAUCUCUUUCUCUCUCUCCAUUGCUCUCUCUCUACGUUUUUUCUUCAUCUUGGAAUCCGUUUCUAUUUUUUGGAGUAGGCGCAAUGGGAGGGAGCACAAUGGUGGAUGAUUGGGAAUUAACAGCUAGUUCAAAUGCCAACAGCACUGUGGUGUUGGUUGGGAAAACUGGAAAUGGGAAAAGUGCAACAGGGAAUAGCAUACUUGGCCGCAAAGUUUUCAAGUCCCAAUCUCGAUCUUGUGCAGUGACAAGUAAAUGUGAAAUGCAAUCGACCAUUUUAAGGGACGGUCGCAUUGUGAAUGUCAUUGAUACUCCUGGAUUAUUUGAUCCAAGUGCCACAAUGGCCUUUAUCGGGGAGGAGAUAGUGAGAUGCAUUACAUUAGCUAAGGAUGGGAUCCAUGCAGUUCUAGUAAUUCUUUCUGUAACAAAUCGGUUUACUGAAGAAGAAGCUCUUGCCAUCAAAAGCUUGCGAACUUUAUUUGGAGAGAAAAUUGCGAAAUACAUGAUCCUCGUUUUUACUAAUGGAGAUGCACUCGCAAAUGAUGAUGAGACCUUGAAGGAUUACUUAGAUUAUUCAUCUCCUGAUUGUCUAAAGGAGCUUCUUGAGUUUUGCAAUCACAGGAUGGUGCUUUUUGAUAACGUAACUAAGGAUGAGCAUAAAAGAGUUGAGCAGAUUCAACAGUUGCUAGACUUAGUUGAUGUCGUCGCAACAGAGAAUGGUGGACGACCUUAUUCGGAUGAGAUUUUCGAUGAACUCAAGAAAGGAUCUAUAAAGAUACUUUCUCAGAAGAAAGAUUUUGAAUCAGAAGGGCAUUCUGUUCAUGAUAUGUCAACAUUUACUGAACAACUGGAUAAAUCAUAUGCAGAGCAGCUUCAUCGGAUAACUGAGAUGGUGGAGAAGAAGCUGAAAGAGAACACUGAGCAUCUCGAAAAACAGCUUGCCUUGGAGCGUAAUGCAAGGAUGGAGGCUGAGAAGCACGCCCAAGUUGAGCAAAUGAGAUCGAACGAUGAAAUCCGAAAGCUCAGAGAGUCCUUGGAGGCUGCUAAGCGUGAGACUGAUGACCUCCGAAAGAAGGCUGAAAGUAGAUGCUCCAUUUUAUGAAUUUAGUUUUAUUUUAUUCCUUUAUAAUUCAAAAUACAUGAUACAACUCCUCAUCUUUAUUAUGUUUGCUUUUAUCAAAUUCAGAAUCACUCUUAGUAGUUUUUGUACAUAUGGUACAUCUAUGAUCUAUAUAUUAUGUAUACCCUCUUUAUGAUUUAAUGAAAGAUACUUAUUCCCCUUUUCU